AUGUGUUUGGCAUUUCAGGCGUCAGUGACGUUCAAGGACGUGGCUGUGGACUUUACCCAGGAGGAGUGGGGGCACCUGGACCCCACCCAGAGGGCCCUGUACAGGGACGUGAUGCUGGAGAACUAUCGAAACCUGGUCUCAUUGGGUUGCCAAGUUUUCAAACCGGAUGUGAUCUCCCAGUUGGAGCAAGGGAAAGAGCCCUGGAUGGUCAAGGCCAAAAUCCUAAGAGGCAGCUGCCCAGACUUCAAGAUUAGGCCUGAAACCAAGGUGUCAAUUCUGCAGCCAAACCUUUCUGAAGAAGAAUCUUCCCAAACUGCAAUUGAAACAGUCCCAAAGGCCUUCAAGUUAGGAGAAGCCAAGGAAUGUGGUGGUCAGUUAGAAAGGAGACCUCAAGUAAAGUACUUGGGUCAGAUGAUUAUUACCCACAAGAAAGAUCCUCAUUGUAAAGAAUAUGGAAUAAAAUUUUGUCUGACCCCAGUCCCUGUUACAGAACUGACUAUUCCUAAAGAAUCCCAUAAUAGAGGUAGAAGUGGAAAGAGCUCCAAGCCUUCUUCAGACCGGGCCAAAAGUAAAAAAAAUUCUUCAAGUAAGAAACUGUAUGAGUGUAAUGAAUGUGAGAAAACUUUUGUUCAAUAUACACAAUAUACUCAACAUCAGAGAAUUCAUUCUGGAGAGAAACCAUAUAAAUGUAAUGAAUGUGGGAAAGCCUUCAGCCAAAGUGCAUGCCUUACCCGACAUCAGAGAAUUCAUACUGGAGAGAAACCAUAUGAAUGUAAAGUAUGCAAAAAAUCUUUCAGUCGGGUUUCCUCCCUUACUCAGCAUCAUAGAGUUCAUACUGGUGAAAGACCCUAUGAAUGUAAUGAAUGUGGGAAAGCUUUCAGUGACAGCUCGUCACUUACGAAACAUCAAAGAAUUCAUACUGGAGAAAAACCUUAUAAGUGUAAUGAGUGUGAGAAAGUCUUUAGCCGACGUUCAAAACUUAUUCAACAUCAUAGAGUACACACUGGAGAGAAACCCUAUGAGUGCCAUGAAUGUGGAAAAGCCUUCAGGUGGAGUAACUACUUUAAUGAACAUCAGAGAAUUCAUAGUGGAGAAAAACCAUAUGAAUGUCCUGAAUGUGGAAAAUCCUUCAGACAAAGUAGAGAUCUUGGUCAACAUCAGAGAAUUCAUACUGGAGAGAAGCCAUAUGAAUGUAACGAAUGUGGGAAAACUUUCAGAUGGGGUACACACCUCACUGAACAUCAAAGAAUUCAUACUGGAGAGAGACCUUAUGAAUGCAGUGCAUGUGGGAAAACCUUCAGGCAGAGUGGACAGCUUACUAAACAUCAGAGAAUUCAUACUGGAGAGAAACCUUAUGAAUGUAAUGAAUGUGGGAAAACUUUCAACCAGAGCAUAUGCCUUACUCGACAUCAGAUAGUUCAUACUGGACAAAAACCCUAUAGAUGUAAAGAAUGUGGAAGAUCUUUCAGUCGUAUUUCCUCCCUUACUCAACAUCAAAAAAUUCACAGUAGAGAGAAAGCUUAUGAAUGUGAUGAAUGUGGGAAGGUCUUCGGUGACACAUCUUCACUUACUAAACAUCAAAAAAUUCAUACAGUGAGCACAUCUCUUUAAAUGAGCUAAUUCUGUUGGACCAAUUAAUGGAGAAGUUGAUGGCAUCCAUCUAGUAUGAGCUGACCUUUGUGAAAUUGGCAACCACCAUGCCAAGAUGAUCCUUCAGUGCCUGCUCAUCAAGGGACACCUCUUGACCUGGAUUGACCCUGCCUUCUUACCUUUUAUAUUGGCCACUCAUUCCUACCAUUUCAUCAUACUUAACUGGCAGUGAUACAUGCAGUUCAGUCGAGGAGCAGUGCCUGAUCUUGGUCGAUACCUGAAGAGUGUGUGUGUGCGUGUGCACACGCAUGCGUGUGUGUGUGUGUGUGUGUAUUGGGAGGAGGGAUUGGCAAGAGUUGUCAGCAAAACUGCUUGGGCUCUUCCAGAGCCUCCCACAAGUUUAAAUCAAGACUGUUCUACAGAUUUCUACGUGGAACUAGUCUUCUAAACACUGGAAUCUAGACAGUGGUGAUAGUAUGCUUUAACAGGUUCCAACCACAAUAUAUUUAUAUAGAUUUUGAGGAAACAACACUAAAAUACAUAUUGGCUACUUAAGUGGAAUUUUGUUUCAAAAUCUAGUGUGCAAAUGAUAUGUGUAUGUGGAGAGUUUGGUGGGAAUAUGGAACCCAGAAAUCCUUUUAAACACAUCUGUGUAUAAAAAAAAGAAUUCAAAAGUGGACUAUAACUUUCCCCAAAUCCCAGUAUUGAGAAGCCUGACCUAAAGAUCAGAAGUUCCAAAGUGUCGUGUUGCAUGGCCCUAAUCGACAGGUACUUCCCACUAAGGCAGAAAAAGGAGAGCAAAGAAGGGUGGGGGAUGGGAAGAAGGACGUAUGCUUGACCAACGCUUCUUUCCCAAAUAUAUUAGCGACCACAUUCUUUAUACCCAUUCAUUCCAAAAUAUCUGCGCUUCUCUAUUAGCAUGGCUGCCAGGGAUCAAGAGAUGCAUGGGCAGGCUGCUAAAAGUACAGCCCACGGACCAAAGGCCACUUGGUAUGCAGAUCCUGCUAACUGUCUAUCGCCUACCUGCUCCUGGGUUUCUAAUAUAGCUACCCCAGGAGCCCCAAAGAGGCUCUUUUGUUUUUCUUGGGUGGAUCUCUUUGCUGUCUAGGUGUGUCCCAGCUUCCAUCAACACCAUGCCUUGUCACAAACUUGGCAUCAGGCAGGAGCCUCCAUGAUGGCAAAGCUGUGGCCACAGCCAUGUCAUCCAGUGACGUACAUGCUCCUGCAGCUACACUGUUCACAAUUCCUCUCAUUUCU